AUCGCUUCAAUCGGAGCAAGAACGCGAAAGCUAUGAAGAUUCAAAGUUCAUGAGCUUGCGUUACAAUUGCGGCAGUUACAAAGUGAAGUUGUGGGGUGACUCUAUAUGGAGUUGGGACCUUUGGGGUUGGGGAAAUUUGUCACUCUACUGUAACAGCUGCAAAUUGGUUGGGAACAACCAAGCUAGGUUGGCAAGGGUGGCCAACUUGGAUGGAUUGGUUGGGAAGAGACAAAUGUCAAAGUUGGGGUUCCUAUAGGGGGGGAAUCUUUGUGCUUAUGGGGUUUC